GUCUUGUGUUCUUCCACAAUCCAAUCCAAUUAGAUGUCUUCCUAUUUCCCUCUUUCUUUUCAGAGGAACGGAAAAGGAGAAUGGAGACGAAACCCAUAGCUGCUGCCCAAAGAUUAUCUUGAAAAGAAGAAAGAAGAAGAAGAAGAAUGCCCCCAAUUACUCUCCACGAAGAAGAACCCUAAUUACUUCAAAUGCUGCAUCUUUUCGAUUUAUAACUCUAUUCCUGUCGUGGUAUCAUUUGGAGGACGCUUCCCGGCCACUGAUUGAUUGAUUGUUUCAUUGGAGCUUUAGAUUAUUAGAGAGAGAAAGAAAAGAGGGUGAAAAAUGCCGUCGCACCCGGAUCUAGAUCGGCAGAUCGAGCAGUUGAUGGAUUGCAAGCCUUUAUCAGAGUCGGAUGUUAAGACUCUUUGCGACCAGGCUAGGGCUAUUCUGGUUGAGGAAUGGAAUGUACAGCCGGUCAAAUGUCCGGUUACAGUAUGUGGCGAUAUUCAUGGACAGUUCUAUGAUCUAGUUGAGCUCUUUCGUAUAGGUGGAAAAUGUCCCGACACCAAUUACCUCUUCAUGGGUGAUUAUGUUGAUCGUGGAUACUACUCCGUGGAGACUGUCACACUUCUGGUGGCUCUCAAGGUAAGGUACAGAGACAGAAUUACAAUCCUCAGGGGAAAUCAUGAGAGCAGACAGAUAACUCAAGUGUAUGGGUUUUACGAUGAAUGCUUGAGGAAAUAUGGAAAUGCAAAUGUCUGGAAGCACUUCACAGAUCUUUUUGAUUAUCUACCUCUCACAGCACUGAUUGAGAGUCAGGUUUUCUGUUUGCACGGAGGGCUAUCCCCAUCUUUGGAUACUCUGGAUAAUAUCAGGGCAUUGGACCGUAUACAAGAGGUACCACAUGAAGGACCAAUGUGUGACCUGUUGUGGUCAGACCCUGAUGAUCGAUGUGGGUGGGGAAUAUCUCCACGUGGGGCAGGAUAUACCUUCGGGCAAGAUAUAGCUGGUCAGUUCAAUCACACAAAUGGUCUGACCUUGAUUUCCAGAGCCCACCAACUUGUCAUGGAAGGUUAUAACUGGUGUCAGGAGAAGAAUGUGGUGACAGUAUUUAGUGCUCCAAAUUACUGUUACCGUUGUGGGAACAUGGCUGCGAUACUGGAAAUCGGGGAGAACAUGGAGCAGAACUUCCUUCAAUUUGAUCCUGCUCCUAGGCAAAUUGAACCUGAUGCCACACGCAAGACGCCUGAUUAUUUUUUGUGAUUCAUCGAUCCUUCCUCUUCUUCGUGUUCCUUCUUCAUACACAACAUCAGAUUAUUGAUUUUUUGUCACUUUGAGGUUUUUUGCCCUGCUGCUGCUGGUCAAGCUCCCAGAAGAGUCGACGAACUAUUUAUUGAAAGAGGUACACAGAUCUUUGUUUUUUUCUUGAGAAUUGCCUUUGUACAUUUUAAUGGACAACAACCUGACAAAGACAAUUCUAGUGAUUUUGUAAUUUAACCCAUUUGAGGUCGAUAUCAAAAUUACACGACCAUUUCUUGUCCCC